AUGCUAUGCAGAAUGCCCCAGCGCGCCAUUCUAGCCGCCCGAUGGAAUUCAGUGUUCGCUGCAACCUCUGCAAGCUGCCUCCGCUACACUUCGCAAAUGGCGCACCUCAUGUAUGCCUGCGAUGUUGACGCAGAGCCUCUACAUCGCUACUGCAUCGGUGGCUAUCAUCCUCUCAAGCUUGGUGACGUACUUAAACACGGCCGGUACAGAAUUAUGCAUAAAGUCGGAUGGGGUGGCUACUCGACCACAUGGGCUGCUAGGGAUCAACAAGAAGAUCGAUACGUCGCACUCAAAGUGUCCGUAUCGGAGAAGCGUGACAAUCGUGAAUCAGAAAUCUUGCGAGUGAUUUCCGCACUUCCCAAAGGUCAUCCAGGCCAAGACCAUGUGGUUCAGAUGGUAGACCACUUUGAGGAAACAGGACCCAAUGGCACACAUGAAUGUCUUGUCUUGGAAUUGUUAGGCCCGAAUGUACCUGACUUGAUCGAUUGGAUCUAUACGGACGAGAGAUUACCGGCGCGCCUGGCCAAAUCUAUCGCCCACCAAGCGCUUUUAGGAGUUGGUUUUCUCUCCACAUACGAGAUUGGACAUGGAGACCUUCACUCCAGAAACCUGGCUUUCAAGAUACCCAAUUUCGAUUCUUUGAAUCAACAAGAGUUCUACGAUAAGCUCGGCGAGCCCGAGACCGCUUUGUUAUUCGAGCUGGUCACCGGGCAGCCACCCUUCGAUGCAAUCAUGGCGACCCCCGAGUCUCUGAUCCAGCAGAUGAUGGACUAUUGUACGGACAGUAUACCAGAUCGUUGGCAGAAGAAAUGGCAGGAAAUGGAGAAGGACACAUCCCGUGAUUAUCAGCCCCCAACUCUACAGCAGUGGCUCGAGGAGGUUUAUUUUGAUCCAGACCGUAAUGCAGAGUUUACGAAGCAGUAUAUUACCAAGGUUGGCCUGGACAAGCUCUCCGCUAUGCGGAACAGGCAGAGGCAGCCGGAAAGCAUCUCAGCUUUCCCCUAUGACAUAAAGACACUACUAAAGUCACUGAAAGAUGAAAGCAAUUUCAUCCAGGCACGAUAUGAUCUGAAAGGCAAAAGCCGCUGGGAUAAACCAGACAGUCAUCUCAUCUGGCCAAAAAUAGCCAAGCAAGGAAACAGCACGAAAAGGGGCAACACCUGGGUUGUAGAAUAUUCUGAAAUCGGCGGACAUUGUGUCUCUAUCAUGGGUAUUCACUACAUGUAUGUCUACGUCACGGGUGCCACAACUUUCACUUCAGCCGGAGCAAUAAGUCAUAUCUCUUACAGCUACAGGGCACAACUGAACCGACUUGGAGAAAUACUUCCGGGUACCGAUGAGAAGCUUAUGAAUGUGGAAGAGAAGUCCUAA